AGUGAACUCAGAUGAAUGCUUAUUGACAAGAACACAAGAGAUGUCACUUAACUACCAUUUUAAAGUGGAGCAAGAAGUUGGUUCUUCUACUUAUGCAUUCUUCGGAUUCAAUGGGACUGCUGGAGUUUGGCGGAUGGCAGCACUUAAUGAGGCUGGAGGAUGGAAGGAUCGUACUACAGUUGAAGAUAUGGAUCUAGCAGUUAGAGCUAGUCUUAAAGGCUGGAAAUUCUUAUACAUUGGUUCAAUAAAGGUUAAAAACGAACUACCAAGUACACUGAAAGCUUAUCGUUACCAACAACACCGAUGGUCUUGUGGUGCGGCAAACCUUUUCAGGAAAAUGGUCUAUGAGAUUAUCAUAAGUGAGAAAGUUACAUUGUGGAAGAAGCUACAUUUAAUAUACAGUUUCUUCUUCGUAAGGAAGAUUGUGGCUCAUAUUGUUACAUUCAUGCUCUAUUGUGUUGUAAUUCCUAUAUGUGUGUGGGUACCUGAAGUUGAAGUUCCAAGGUGGGGUACGAUUUACAUCCCAACCAUCAUCACUAUCCUAAAUGCUGUUGGGACUCCAAGGUCCUUAUAUUUGGUGGUAUUUUGGAUUGUAAUUGAGAAUUCUAUGUCCCUUCAUCGAUGUAAGGCUACGUUUAUCGGACUCUUUGAGACUCAAAGAGUGAACGAAUGGGUUGUAACCGAAAAGCAUGGAGAUGCUUCUAAGGAUAAAAUCGGAACCAGACAACAUGGAAGACUUAGCUUCAAGCUAACUGAAAGGCUUCUUGUGCUAGAGCUUUGUGUGGGUCUUAUCCUCCUUGUAUCAGGUUCCCAACUCUUAGAUGACAUUCUCCAUCAGCCAUUUUUGAUCGACAAUUAUUUUAUCUUUGUGCCCGGAUCAUUUCUUCAUUAG